GACCGAGUAACAGCUCCUGUGGAAUUUCACUUCAUCAGCUGACCUUGGGGGUCAGGGUGACGUCGUUUGCGAUAGUUCCUGGGUGCAGAAUGUAAGCCGAGAGGCCGUUUUCUUCAUGCGUGUGUUACCAGCGGCUAAGUAGGAAGCACCAUGGCCUGCGCUGCUGUCUUGGUUCCUGGGUUUGUGGGAUGCGCUGUGGGAGCCAGUUGCACACGGGCUGCUGUGUCAAGGCUGACACCAGGUACUUGGCGCCACCUUACCUUAGCCAGCACAAUGACAUCCCAAAGGAAAACUGACCACUUGGAGAGGACUGCAAGUGUUGUUCGACGAGAGGUUGUGGCAGUGGCUAAGGUGUGUGGAACUGCUAGUGAGUCCCCUUCAGUGAAGAGCCUCCGCUUGCUUGUUGCCGAUAAAGAUUUUUCCUUUAAAGCUGGCCAGUGGAUUGAUUUCUUCAUCCCAGGAGUCUCUGUGGUUGGUGGGUUUUCAGUGUGCUCCAGCCCCAGACUGCUAGAACAAGAGAGAAUGAUAGAGUUGGCGGUGAAAUACACAAGUCACCCUCCUGCGCUCUGGGUUCACAAUGAGUGUACACUGAACUCUGAAGUGGCUGUGAGAGUGGGUGGAGAGUUCUUCUUUGACCCUCAGCCCACAGAUGCCCCCAGAAACCUUGUGUUGAUUGCAGGAGGAGUCGGAAUUAACCCUCUGCUUUCCAUCCUGCGGUACUCGGCAGAUCUUCACCGAGAGUGGGCAAACAAAAGAAGUGGAUAUGAGAUAGGAACAAUAAAACUAUUCUACAGUGCAAAGAACACUAGUGAACUCUUGUUUAAGAAAAAUAUCCUCAAUUUAGUAAGUGAAUUUCCUGAGAAGAUUGCAUGCAGUUUGCACGUCACAAAACAGACUACACAAAUCAGUGCAGAACUCAGGCCAUAUAUCACGGAAGGAAGAAUAACGGAGGAGGAGAUAAAAGAUCAUAUUUCAAAGGAGACUUUAUUCUAUAUUUGUGGCCCACCUCCAAUGACAGACUUCUUCUCCAAGCAACUAGAAAACAACCAUGUUCCCAAGGAACACAUUUUUUUUGAGAAGUGGUGGUAGGCUGUUGGCAGAGGCAUAAAAGAAGAUGUGAGAUC